AUGACCGCUAAGCGAAAAGAAUAUGAAAAUUAUGAUGGCUCUCAACCAAUAUUUGUUAAUGAACGAAAUGAAGUGUGGGAUAGGGAAAGUAGUAGAUUUUUAAACCUUGAUGUCUUUCUCCGCCACAGAGAUCGUAGUAGUCCAACCUGCGGAGCAAUAAUUGGAACAAAACGAGUAAAAAAAGUGUUAGGUCGUAUUCGCGAUGCAGAAGGAAGAAUAAGUGCGGAGCACGAAAUUUUUAAUCCUACAGAAAUAACUGGAGGUGGUCCUCAUCCCGAGCAGUAUGACUUAACUAGUCCCCAUUUGAAAGAAAUUUUUCAAGCGGUAAACAAUCAUUAUCUAGGAGACAAUGAUGAAGUUGAUGCCAUUGUGUUUUCGGGUGGUUCAGGGAAAGUUGAUAAUCAUACAACGGCUGCUUUUGAUACUGAUUAUAGGGGUAGGGUAGACAAUAGUUAUUGA